UUGAGCAGAUUUCUGCGCGGUUCUAGAAGUCUUAACUUCUGAGCGAAUUUUGUUUUACUUUGCUUUGAGUUUAGCUUACUUUCCAAAAUGGCUACAACUGUAAUAUCACCUCGCACUCCGGCGUCUUCAGCGAGGGUCGAGGUGGCCUCCCCGACGAAGAUGACCCGGAUUCAAGAAAAGGAAGAACUUCAACACUUGAACGAUCGUCUCGCCGUUUACAUUGACAGAGUCAAAUUCUUGGAAGAAACGAACAGCAAGUUGACAGCAGAAAUUACUGUGAUAACGAGCAAAAAACAGACUGAAAUUGAAACCGUGAGGAACUCGCUUGAAGCAGAGCUGAGGGAUGUGAGGAGGUUGUUGGACGAGGUCGCAAAGGACAAGGCACGCGAGCAGAUCGAGAACAAGAAGAACUCCGCACUGGUUGAGGAAUUCAAGAAGAAGUUUGAGAAAGCAGCUGCAGCACACAAGAACAGUGAAGAUGCCUUGAAAGCAUCUCAGAGAAAGUUGUGUGAUCGAGAUGCACAGCUAGCAAAUGUAAAUCAAGAGGCAAAGAAGUUAGAAGCAGUUAUCCAGGACCUAAGGAAAGAGUGCCAAGAACUGAAGGAUGCUUUGGAAUCAGCUAAAUAUGCCCUUGAGCAGGAGACCCUAUCAAGAGUGGACCUCGAGAACAAACUCCAGUCCAAAGAAGAAGAACUCAAUUUCAAGAAAGAGAUGUACAGUAAGGAAAUGAUUGAGAUCCGUUCUCAGUUACAAAGUGUAGAGUCACAGCGCAGCAAAAUAGAAGCUGAAGCGAAGAACAGAUAUGAAGGAAUCUUGUCAGAAAAGCUACAUGAACUGAGAGAGAUGUUUGAUAGCGAGGCCAGGCAAUAUAAAGAUGAAACUGAUGGUCUUUAUGGUGCUAAGUAUGAUGAACUCCAGAGGAUGAACACAAAGGAUUUGGAGGAGUUGACACUGAUCAGAGAAGAAAAAAGAACUUUGUCAAUCACUGUUGAAAAUAUCAAAUCAGAACUAAACCAGUUGCAGUCCAAGAAUUCAAGCUUGUUACAAAGAAUUGAAGACUUAGAAAGUUUGCGUGCUAGUGACCAAAAGAUAGCUGAUGAGGCAAUAGCAAACAGAGAUGCACAAAUCAAAGAACUACGCAAGAGAAUUGAUGCUCAACUCAGGGAAUAUGAGGAUCUUAUGGGAGUGAAGACUGCUCUUGAUCUGGAGAUUUUGACUUACAGAAAGAUGUUAGAAGGAGAGGAAUCAAGGUUGAACAUAACUCCCCCAGCUUCCCCAGUAUUUGGAGCUUCUGCAAAAAGUGGCAGACGUUCUGCUAAGCGAAUCCGCACAGAGGAAGAGACUGUAGAAACUAAGUAUUCAAACAAAGGUUACAUUCAGAUAAAAGAGGCAAGUGCAGAUGGUACCUUUGUCAAGCUGUUCAACAGUGGAGCCAAUGAUAUGCCUCUUGGUGGCUGGAGUUUGGAAAAAUCAGUAGAUGGGGAACCACCUGUAAUCUACAAGUUCACACCGAAAUAUGUCUUGAAAAGUGGAUUUUAUGUAACAAUUUGGGCAUCCCAAGGUGGCGGCCAGCAUAAACCACCUUCAGAACUGGUAUUUAGACAGAAAGCCAGCUGGGGUGUUGGUAAAGAAACAAAAACAGUGUUGAAAGAUGCAGAUGGCCAGGAAGCAGCUUCUGCAAUUGUUGAAGAAGUCAGCAUUAGGACUGAUGAAAUUGACAGUCGGCGACAAAGUAUGAUGUCUGGACAACGUGAGGGUGAAACUAGCAAAGGUUGUGUAAUUCAGUAGUGCUACAACUUUUCAAUUGUAACAACUGAUUUUGAGCUUUUUAGUCAGUCCUUCAGUUUGAAGAACAAAAUAAAAUUAUGAGCUAUAUCUUUUUGUGUAGAAAAAGAACUUGCCAAAGUACUUUUUUAUUUGUAAAACCUGUUUGUAGUACAAUUUUUUAACCCAAAUUUUCAAUACUCCAAUUGAUUGUCUACAUUCUAUCAUCACAUUCUGCUUAAGGUAAACUACGUUUCCAUUGUAUUUAUUUUGAAUGAAAUCUUCAGUGUACAAGGGCUUCUAAAGCUUUUAUCAUAACAGCAGCCUAAACAUUUUGUUCAUUAAACUUAAUUUUUAGAACAAGAAUAAUAUAUUUUGUGUGGGGCUUUAAAAGAUGGUGGUGUUGAUGCAUUCCAGUGAUACAUUGUGUGCAUUUUUCUGAAAGGGAAAGUUUUAAAGGACCUGCUCAAAGAUUUAUCUUAUGAGACAAGGUGAACAGGUCAAGUACUUGAAUGCAAUUUGUGCGUGGAAUUUCCUUAACUUUUCUAAAGGGCAGACUGGAAAAUAUUUUUCUCUAACAUUUUCACUUUUCUUCUUUUCUAAAAUAUCUUGUAUGUUUUGUACUUUUCUGGUUUGCCAGUAAAACUUGGAGUCUUUUCUUUUUAAGAUGUAUUCAUUGAGGUGAGAUUUUGUAUGCAGUAGGUUGACCAUGCAGUUUUUGUCUGCAGUAUGAAUAAACUGACCACCUGUCAAUCAA